AUGGAAGUAUCACAAUCACCGUCAAUAUUAAAAUCACUAAAUCAAGACUACAAAUCAUUUGUACGUUUUAUUAAUACAACAAACUACAGAGUCGAGGUUAUCUGGAUUGAUUACAAUGGCCGUGCAAAACUUUAUCAAACAUUAAAGCCAAAUGAGGAAUACAAUAUAAAUACAUUUGCAACACAUCCUUGGAUAUUUGUUGAGGAAGAAACACGUGAUAGGUUUAUGGUCAAUUGUGAGGACGUAUUUAUGCCAGAGCCUUGGUUUGUUCGUUAUCACAAUAUACCACGUAAUCAGUGGCCACAAAGAAUCGAAAGAGUUGAUGUUAAAAUAACAAUACCAAUAUAUACACUACGUGAUCUUUCAUUACGUGUUAUAAAAAAACAUUUGAAGCACGAUUAUCAAGCAUUUUUGUUGGAAAUACCAAAGACAUUGCAAUACGAAUUGGCAUCAAUGCAACCAAGAAAGGGCGAUCCAGCAGAACCUUAA